UAUAAUUCGCGUUCCGUUCUUAUGUUCAAUAUACUUAAAAAAAGAAGAAUGAUUUCAGAACUUUUGAAAAUAAUUGUCGUCAUAUUUUGUUCAACACAGGUAAUAACAGAAGCAGACGAACUAUCUGUUGAUUCGCUGGAAAAGCGCGCACCUGGCUGGGGGAAGCGCUCCCCGGGAGCCGCAACCGAGCUCGGAUACUUACAAACCGUCCUCUCCGAUCUCUCCCGAUAUGAAGAAAACAGCCUCGGAGAGAGCCCAGAAGCUGAUAUGGAGAAGCGCCGCCCAGGGUGGGGAAAGCGGGGAUUCCCCGAAGGUGACUUUGAGAGUAUGGACAAACGCCGUCCAGGGUGGGGCAAGCGUUCGUAUGAGUAUGACAUUGACACCAUGGAAACGAAACGAGCACCAGGGUGGGGAAAGCGAGACGACGGCCACAGUUUUAAUGACAAUUUAUUUGAGGAUUCUUCUAUAGACAAACGUAGGCCCGGGUGGGGCAAGAGAAAUGUUUACGAAGAUUUUCAGAUGACCAAAAGACGUCCUGGAUGGGGUAAACGAUCGCCGGGAUGGGGGAAACGUUCAGGGUCAACAAACGACUGCCAGAAACUGGUCCACGAUAUAAGAAUAUUACGGUUAAAAUUAGCUCAGAUGACCGAAGAAAUACCCGAAGUUUGUAAUCCUGCCAUUUUUGAGGGGAAUAUCAACGGGGAAAAGUAGCGCCACAUAUCAACACGUGCACGAGAAACACAACCAUAUUAUACCGAAUUUAAAUAAAGUGCAAGAACCGAUAUAAUCACUUGUCUACAAACCAUUCCUUUCUUUAUAAAAUAUAUGUUAGUCUACCUCAAGUGCGUUCUCCCUCUUAUCCAUCAAGAAAUGCGUGAAAACAGCUGUGACCCAUGCAAGAAAUACUUUCAUAUGGAGUCGGCGGUGGAGAUCCUUUUAUUCACAGCAAACAAAUACUUUGGACAACAUGCCUGAAUUGUAUAUUUCCGAAUUGUGUAGGGUUUGCAUUGAAGAACGUCAUUUAUUCAUUUAUUAAAAUGUUAAUGUAUAAUAUGGAAUGUUCACAUGUGCAAUGUUUUUGCCAAAUACAGUGAUGUCAACGUUUCCUUUGGCUAUAUAAUAUGUACAAGAAUAUAUAAAUAUAUAAAUGUACAAGAACUAAUACAAUGCUUAUGUCUUCUCUGAAUUGAUGUCACAAUUUGCCAAUGUAAACAACAUAUAUAUUUUUGAAAUAUUUGUUUGUAUGUCAGAUAAAUCAGCUUUAAGCAAUUAUAAUAAUUGUAAGAAAAUUUAUAUCAUACAUUUCGUAUUUCAUUACUAACGGCCAGUUUUUUGUUUGAAUGUUAUCUGAGAUAUAAGAGUUUAAGAUAGUUACAAUGAAACACAUUUUAAUUAUUUUUUUCGCUUUUACUGUAAAGAA